AUGAUGCUUCUCCCCCGCCUGCUCCUUCUCCUCCAGGUGACGCUGUUGGCGACGGUUUCCGCCAACGAACCUGAACACAUGUGCACCGAAUGCGAAGUCGGGGCGGAGGCCGUGGACGAAGGCCCCCUCGCACAUUGUAAUGCGGCCCUAAGGUGCCGGCAGGGUGGAGAUGACCACGGCACAUGCGACGCUUUGUAUAAUGUACGAACGGUUUACCGCUGUCCGCGACCGCAGUGUGGCGCAGCCGUUUACACAAUGACAAACUUCUUCUGCCGCCGGGACCACUAUCACAACUGCCGGUGCCAGCCAACUGCCCGGGCCCGACUUGCCCGCAUUCUAUCGGCCGGAUCAUCUUCGAAGUCAAAGGUCCACCCCCGAUAA